AUGAAGAGACUUAAUCCUAAUCAAGUUCUUUCAAAACAUUUAAAAACAUUAUUAGCAGUUGAAGGUAUUAUAACAAAAUGUUAUUCAAUUAUUCCUAAAUUAAAACAAGGUGUUUAUUAUUCAGAAGAAACAAAUUUUAAAGUAAUUAAUUAUCAAUAUCAACAUGAAAUAAAUAAUAAAGAAAUACAAAAUAAUUAUUUUCCUAGUAGAGAUGAAGAAGGAAAUCCUUUAUUUUUAGAAUAUGGACUUAGUACUUAUUAUGAUUAUAGAAAAAUUAUAAUUCAAGAUCUUCCUGAAAAAUAGAAAAGUGGAGAAAUACCUAAAAGUGUUUCAAUAAUAUUAACUAAUGAUUUAGUUAAUAAAUGUAAACCUGGAGAUAGAGUUCAAAUUACUGGUAUAUAUACGGCAUUUUCUAAUUCUAAUUUACAAUUUAGAACUUAUCUUAUAGCUAAUAAUAUUUAGCAAAUAAAAGAAACUAAAUUAGAAAAUAUAAUUUCAGAAAUAGAUAUAUAGAAUAUUAGAAAAUUAAAAAACGAAAAAAAUCUUUUUUCAUUAUUAUCUAAUUCUAUUUGUCCUUCUAUUCAAGGUAAUAAUAAAAUAAAAGAAGCAUUAGUAUUAUAGUUAAUUGGAGGUCAAUUAAAAAAUUGAAAUAAUAAAAGAGGUGAUAUUAACAUAUUAAUAGUAGGAGAUCCUUCUACUGCUAAAUCUCAAUUAUUAAGAAGUAGUUUAGAUUUAAUAGAUAGAAGUAUUUCAACAUCUGGUAGAGGUAGUACAGGAGUUGGUCUUACAGCUAUAGUUAGUACAGAUAAUACUACGGGUGAUAAAUGUUUAGAAGCAGGUGCUGUUGUAUUAGCAGAUAAAGGAUUAAUAGCUAUAGAUGAAUUUGAUAAAAUGUUACAAUCUGAUAGAGUAGCUUUACAUGAAGCAAUGGAACAACAAACUAUUACUAUAGCUAAAGCGGGUAUAUAUACAACUCUUAAUUCAAGAUGUUCAGUAUUAGCAGCAGCUAAUCCUAUAUAUGGUUCAUAUGAUAUUUCAUUACCUUUAACAAUGAAUUUAAAUCUUCCUGAUUCUUUACUAUCAAGAUUUGAUCUUAUAUAUAUACAAUUAGAUUAUAAUGAUAGUAUUAAAGAUAGAGAAAUUUCAAAUCAUAUAUUAAAUAUGCAUCAAUAUAAAAAUACUAAUGUGAUAAAAGUUAACAAUGAAGUAUAUGAAAAUUAUAAUAAUCAAAAGAUAUUAACAAGAAGUAUGUGUAGAAAAUAUAUUCAAUUUUGUCGUAAUAGAUAUUUACCUAUUUUAAGUAAAAAUGCUAAAGAUAAAAUAAUAAAAGAAUAUAUUCAAUUAAGACAGAUGACUAAUACUUCUAUUCCUAUUACGGUUAGAACUUUAGAAACUAUAAUAAGAUUAAGUACAUCACAUUGUAAAUGUAGACAAAGUAAUACUGUUAAUAUUAUUGAUGUUAAUAUUGCUUUAUCGAUAUUAAAAUAUACUUUAAAUAUGGAAGUUCAAAUAGAAAAUACGGAUAAUAUAAAUGAUGAAAAAGAAAAUUUAAAUAUAGAUGAAUUAGAAUUUUAUGAAGAAAUACAAAAAGUAAUAAAUUUAAAUUAG